UGCGUAAAUAAGUCAUUUUUUUAAAAAGGUAUGUAAGUAAUCGUGCUAAUUAAUUAAAUCGCGAUAUCUACGGUAUAAAAAUAAAUAUGUGUUUAACUAUCACGUGAAUGCCCAAAGGUUAACAGAUCUGACUAAAGUGCUCUACAUAAAGACAGGAGAAAGAUGCCAGCCGCACUAAACCUCAGCAAUGAGGUGGUGAAGAUGAGAGCCGAGGUGAAGCGGGUGAAGGUGCUCAUCAUCCGCAAGCUCACCCGCCAGAUCGCCGUCCUGAAGAAGAAGAAAGGGACGGAAGCCGACCUGGAGAGGAACCAGAGGAGAGCGGCGAGGUUGCUCGAGGAGAUCCAUGUACUGAAGGCACUCGCACCAGACAGCGUCACCAAGGCAGCCCUGCAGAGUGACAUCAGCUUUGAGAAAGUGUGCCAGAAGAAAGAGUCCAGCCUGUCAGAACGUGCCACAGCUCGCAUUGCCACACACCCUGAGUUCAGCAAGAAAAUUCAGAGCAUCAAAAAUGCUGUCAAAGCCUUCAAAACCGAGAGAAUCAGCGCUGAGAGGAAAGAAAAAAAAUCUAGAGAUGAUGAGCAACAAGAGAGAGAAUCAGGACUAGAUAGUGAAAAUGAAGAGGGCUCUGAUGACGAUGAUGAUGAUGAAGAGGAGGAGGAUAAGGCUAGUGAUGAUGACGCUUCUUUUCAAAAGGUCCAGAAAGCAGAUGAAGAGCAAUUAAACGAGCCAACAAAACAAAAUAAGGAUCCAGUCACAGCAAAAGAGAGCCGCUCAGAAACAGGCAGCGUUCCAGCCGAGGUGGUGAGGAUGAGGAAGGAGGUGAAGAAACUCCGAGUGCUGAUUAUCCGGAAUCUCACGCAGCAGAUCGCCGCUCUCAAGAAGGUGAAGGCUGACGAUCCUGAGCUGAAAGGGAACAUGGAGUGUGCGGCACGGCUGCAAAAAGAAGUGCAGGUUUUGAGGACGCUUCUACCUGAUCACGUUACCACCAGAGCUCUCGAGGGGAGCAUUGACAUGGAGAAAGUGUUCCAGGAUCCAGAGUCCAGCGUGUUGGAGAGAGCGACGGCACGGAUCGCCACACACGCACGCUUUGUAAAGAAGCUUCAAGAUGUCAAACAAGCCAUCGAGGAAGAGAAGAUAAAAGCCGCAAAGGCUGGAGGAGAGAAUAAGGAUGCUAGUGAGAUGAUGAAGGCUGAAAAUAGUGAUGGGGAGGUUGAAGACGAAGAUGAGGAGGAGGAAGAGGAGGAGGAGGCUGGUGAGGAUGAUGAUGAUGAGGACGAGGAGGAGGUGGCUGGUGAUGAUGGUGAUGAUAAGGAGGAGGAGGUUAAGGCUAGUGAUGAGGAGGAGGAGAAAGUGAAAUUAAAAGAGACAAAUCAGACCUUGAAGGUAAUUCCUAGGUCAAACCUUGGAAAGCCACCAGCAGACACUAAGUUGGCUUCUGCAAAAGAGAACCCAAAAAUAGUAGAGCUGGAAAAAGCUGUGAGAAGUCCCUUGAAACCAAAAUCUAGUCCCAAACCAGCUGUCAAAGCAGUCCAGAGUCUACCAUCCAAGAGCAAAGAAGCAGCACCACAACCACCAGUAAAACACGUCUCCAAACCUGACACCAAGAAACCAGAAACCAGAAAGGACACAGAAGAGUCGGAUUUGUCUGAUUCUGAAGAGGAGAAAGAGUAUUUUGACGACAGCACCGAAGAACGUUUCCACAAACAGUCUUCUUAUUCGGAGCAGAGCGACGACGACGACUUUUUCCUCGGCAAAGUGAGCAAGCUGAAGAAGAAGAAAAGCGACACUGCUCCCAGACCUGAGAAAACAAAUGACUCUAACAAGCCUCGAGAGAAAGAGGUUAAAGAAACACCUCAGUUCAAGAUGCAGUCAGUCUUCUGCUCUACUCUUUCCAAAUCCAACACUUCCUCUCAGAAGGGUAAACACAGUGCUCCGAAGCCACCACCUUUCCCAAACCAGAAACGUGACGAGAAACCAUCGUGGGUGAAAAGCCAAGGUCCUGGAAGGGAAAGAAGGCCUCCGGGAUUUAAAAAUCAGACUCCUGGAUCUGGAAGAGGAGAGAAAACUGGUAGACCUGCAUUUGAUCGGAAAAACACUCCGGCUAAUAAAGCAGGGAAACAUUCCCAGCAGGCCCUGCAUCCGUCGUGGGAAGCCAGCAGGAAGAGGAAGGAGCAGCAGGCUCAGAUCACAGCCUUCCAAGGCAAAAAGAUCAAAUUUGAUGACGAUGAUUAACAUCUCUCAGGAUUUUUCUUUAUUUGUUAAGACAUUUACAUUGAUUGAUAUGUUAGACUGGCUGUAUGUGUAAAUCCUGAAUAAAUGUAAAUAUGUGUUUUCAUCUUGUUUCUAGAAGUUUCCUGGCCAAAAGUAAUUAAGAAUUAGUAUGAUUUUAACAUUUGUCUUUUCUAUAUAUUGUAUUUCUGGAACCUGUAAUGUGAGGAAUAAACCAUUUUAAGGUCAUUGUUCUUACCCUGAGGUUGAAUUUUUCAGUAAUAUGAAUGUCUUAAAUGGUUUUAUUCCUUCAAUAUAAUACAGUAACCCAUGAUGAUUUAUUAACGAACAGCACUUCAUGCUUUUUUUAACACUCACAUGAAACGUGUUAGUUCCUGUUAUCAGCCAGUCAGUACGUCACAAGUCUCUGUCUUUCUUCUCAUGCCUUGAAAUAAGAUGUAAAAAGUCCCCUGUUCUGAAAAUAGUGGAGACACUGGAGACUCCUUCCAUAAUAUAUU